AUGGAUGCAAAAAAAAAAGAGUCUGCUGCUUUUACAGAAGGUUCUGUUGCCUUCGUUGGAAAUUCUAGUGGUUCUGUUGCCUUUGCUGGAGGUUCUAUAUCCUUUGCAAAGGAUUCUAAUGCUACAUUUGCUGAAGGUUCGGUUGCUUUUAAGGAUGAUUCUGAUACCAGAGGUUCCAUUGUUCUUGUUAGAGAAUCUGAUACUUCUAGAAAAGAAAUUAAAAAUAAAGUACAAAUUAAUGUUGGUGAUACUUUUUCUUCAUAG